AUUAAAAUUUUUGUUUCGUGUGUCAGCGGUAGUUUUUCAGUUUUUACUGGACUAAAAUGUUUUCCUACAAUGAAUAUUGUGACUUGUGUUUCCUAUUUGGUGAAUACGCUGGAAAUGCAAGUGAAGCCGCUCGUUAGUAUGGCGUACGAAGACAUCCAGAAGAAAACUCUUUCCAUAGACGAGGUACGAAAACCGUUGCUGCGGAAAAAGUAAUUUUAGAAGAAGAACUCGUGAGGAGUUGGUGAACCGAAUUCAUGCCGCUAGUGCUACGAUCACUCCAGAAACAUUACAAACAGUGCAUGCCAAACCUUUGAGCAUAUGUUAUAAUUUUUUAGUGCAUUGUUUAUUCAUUCGUACUUUAAAUUGUUUAAAAUAUCAUUAGGGUACGGUCGCCUAAGAGUGCGCGCGGUCUAAGAGUACGUAUCGGUGUUUUUAGUGAAAGACCGAAUCCUUAGAUACUCCUUAUUUUAUUUACUAAAAGUUGUUUAUUAAAGGUAAGUAUAUGCUAAAUUAUGGUUUGAUGGGUUAGAGAAAACGGCAGUGAUUUGCAAGUAAAAGUUUUUGUAUCGGAUAAUGUAAUUUUCGGUAGUUUUAAAACUCAUAAAAUUGUACAUUUUUGAGGUUAUACCACUAAGUUUCGAACAUCCAAGUUAAAUUGAAUGCUUUAGUAAGGGGAUAUUUGUGCAGAUGUCAGCUUACAUAGCUUGAAAUUUUCUUUAUUAACACGUAAAGCAAACCACGUACCAAAUCCAAGAGUGCGCACUGUCGGUAGCUGCAAGAGUACGCGUGCGUACUCUUGGAAUCCUAUACAAAAAAAAACAUAUUUCGCGAAAAUAGCAGUUUAUUUGUUUAUUUAUUUCUAGCGUAGACUUAAAUGGGUCCCUAUAAAAGGAAAAGUAAUCGUGAAUUGAAAUUCACUCAUCAAAUGCUAUGUGAAAUUAAAAAAAAACUCGAUAAUGGACAGUCAAAACGACAACUUGCCAAAGAAUAUAAUGUAUCUGAAUCAGUGUUAAGAAAACGGUUAAAAGCCGGCACAAGUCUUUAAUCAGCAAAUGGAAAAAGAUCUCGCUGAUCAAAUACGUAAACUGGAUACACUCUUUUAUGGUUUGACGUACAAAGAUCUACAGGGCCAUUGCCUAUAGAUACGCGGAGAUCUGCAAAAUUAAACACCCGUUUAACAAAUGUACCAAACUUGCCGGAAAAAAAUGCAUAUCUCUUUUUUGUAAAAGACAUAAUUUAUCUGUUCGCCUACCAGAAAAAGUUAGUGUUGCACGAGCAUCAGGUUUUAACAAAGUACAAAUUUCGCGAUUUUUUGAAAACCUUAAAACCUGUAUAGAGAAAAUACAAUUUAUCUGCAAAAUGCAUAUUUAAUAUGGACGAAACUGGUUUACUGACAGUUCCAAAUAAAAUUCCAAAAAUUCUCACAACUAAAGGAAAAAAAAUGUAGGAAAAGUUGUUUCGGGUGAAAGAGGAGAACUGAUUACUGCUGUAUGUUGCAUUAGUGCUUCGGGAGUUUAUGUUCCACCGGCACUGAUAUAUCCCCGAAAAAGGGAGAAGAAAGAGUUACUUUACGGAGCACCACCAGACACAAUUUUGUUACUCUCAGACAGUGGAUUUAUAAAUUCCGAUCUCUUUCUCAAAUGGUUGGACCACUUUAAACAGCACGUAAAACCCAAUAAAGAUGAACCAGUCCUGCUGUUAUUAGAUAACCAUUCUUCACAUAUAAGCUUACCAGCUAUUCAGGCUUAUUAUGGUGGCCAUUGGUUAUUUUUCAAUAAUUGAAAAUUGGAUAUUGCAAUAUUUCAAUAACUAAAAUGAAUCCAUAUUACCGUGCACCCAUUGAUAAGUGCUUUUCAAUGUUGAAUAUUAGACCGGUAUGAAGUUGAUUCAAACAGGUUCACCACCUAUGAAAAAUUACACAAAAGUUUGAGGUUAAAUCAAACAUUUUUCAAAUUUUUUUACCACGUGAGGUGCAGUGUAUGUGCACUUGUGCCUUGUGCAGGAGUUUUUCAGUGUUCUGCUCGGUGUUCUAUGUUCUUCUUCGCUUCAAAAUGAGUGUGGCAACGUCUAAUAAAAAACGCACCACAAAAAAACAGUUUGGGAUAUAUUUAAAUUUUCUGGAAGAAAACAAGUGCCUACGUACUGGGAGGCUGGCCUCAAACCAGUACGAGGCUCUAGGGGCUAUCUGGAAGGAGUUAACGGUGCUGUUAAAUAGUGUCGGAGACGGACCAGUCCGGGAAAUUAACGAAUGGAAAAAAGUAUUUACAGAAUGGAAAUGCUCCAUAAGAAAAAAGGCUCGAGAAAAUAAAGCAUUAAAUGAUAAUGAAAAACGAUUGUUAAAGUUAACUGGAAACGAGGCUGUGGAGGGGUUAACAGGCGUUGAAGAAAUUGGAAUUGGAUUUGCCGAUGCGAGAAAUGAAGAAAUAAAUGAAGUAAGGGAUGACGGAACAAAUGAAGAAGAAAUUCUUAUCAGUAUAGAAAAUGAGGAUAUUGAUGAUCAAGGUCAAACAAGAAGGCCUACAGCUAGAAUUAAGAAGCGCACUAAAAAAACAUCUAGUGAUGUGUUACUGAAGUCCUAUACACAAGCCACAAAAAGCCAAUUUGAAGGGCUUGAAAAAAUAAGUGAUGCAUUAGAAGACAUUGCUAGAGCAAUUAUUCGGUUCUGUGACAUCACAGAAUCUAAAAAAUAAUAAUUUUUAUUUGUGUGUUCAUUUAUUCUCAAGAAUUAUAAUUUGAGUUAUUUAAUUACUAUUUCUUACUAUUCUUGGAUAUUUUGAGGUUGUGUUACACAUGAGCAGUUUGAACUAUAUUUAACUUUUUUACAAAAGAAAGAAAAAUUUUUUUUUACAUUAUGUGAAAAUUUAAAUAAAAUAACUAAUGCUGCAAAAAAAACUGUGCAACAGUGGCGUAAAACAUUUGAUAACUGGGUUAGAUAUGUUAAACGAAAAGCCAGAAAGAUAUUUGUCUACCGAUAUAUCACUGGUGGUGGUGGCGCUUUGUACGUUGUGCUGACGAAUUUGGAAGAAAGACUACUUCAUGUGCUGGGAAAUGUAAAUGUAAAUGGUUUUAAAAAUGUAAUCGAGUUGGGUUUAGGUGAAAGGAAAACAAAACUAAAGAAAAAGAUAUCUACUGAAAUUGGGUACAAAUGCAAACAACGCAACCGCCAUAAGUAUCGUCUUACAAAAAACAAAAAGAAGCUGAAAAAAUGUAUUUAAACUAUUCCAAAUGUUUAGCAAAUGCUACUUUUAAAAUUCUUAACGCCGUCAAACAUGUGAACCAAUCUCUUCAACGUUUAAUAAAUAUAUAUUCUUAAAAA